AUGUGCAAAAUCUACUACGCAACGUUCGAGGUCUCUCCCGGGGAAUCCACUACCUUGACACUCCCCGAUAGCGCACAUGACAUUUGCCAAUCCGAGUCCUGCCGUGGUAGCAUGCAACAUCGACAACGGGAGCCCCACAAUUGCUGGAGUGUGCAGCCCCCAUGCUCAAAGCCGUUGUACGUCGAGGUCAAACCUUCGGUGAACGAAGAUGAACUCGUGGCUGAGUUCGAGGACUGUGUUACCAAUCAACGUGUGCUCGAGGCGUAG